GAAAGUUCCAAAACUGAAAGAGUGAACAAUGGCCAACAUUUCAAUUCCACUCCCACGAAUCGGUUUGUCCAUACGCAAGUGCUCAACGAAACGCCCAUGUUUCACCAGUUCAGCUUCAACACUCAGAAUUUCUUGCUCUGGGUGUAUUGUAGGAGCAGCUGGGUUAGAUGGAUCUGAGAAUAAAGUAGGGUUAUUUAAUUUCAAUGGAAUCAAGGGCGUGGUCUGUGGUAUUCUUGCAGCUUGCACUGUUGCUUCUGCUGCACUUCCCGUUACUGCUGCUGGCCAGAGGCUGCCCCCAUUAUCAACUGAGCCCAAUCGCUGUGAGCGUGCAUUUAUUGGCAACACAAUUGGUCAGGCAAAUGGUGUAUAUGACAAACCAUUGGAUCUCCGGCUCUGUGAUUUCACAAAUGAAAAAACCAACCUUAAGGGGAAGUCCCUUUCUGCAGCACUCAUGUCAGAUGCUAAGUUUGAUGGUGCUGACAUGUCAGAAGUUGUAAUGUCAAAGGCUUAUGCUGUUGGUGGCAGCUUUAAAGGUGUGGAUUUCUCAAAUGCAGUUUUGGACCGUGUUAACUUUGGGAAAGCUGAUCUUCAAGGAGCUGUAUUUAAGAACACAGUAUUGUCGGGCUCCACCUUUGAUGAAGCUAAGCUGGAAGAUGCAGUUUUCGAGGACACAAUCAUUGGUUACGUUGAUCUCCAGAAGCUAUGCACAAAUAAGACCAUCGGUGAUGAAUGGAGAACUGAACUAGGAUGUCGAUGAUAAGCAAAGUCUUCUCUUUCUUGUAAAGCUGUCAUGCCAUGACAUGACAGGUAUUUUGGUGAGGUUAGCUAGUAGAUGAGUCCUACAUCCAAAAGUUAAUUGAAUUCUUUGCUUUCCCUGUACAAUGUUGCAUUCUUCCAUUUGAUUUCAACGCACAAAUUGAAGACAUUGGUACAAUUAAUUACUUGUAUUUGUUGUUUUAACGUCUAGUUGAUUCUUUCCAUGGC